AAGCAGGAAGUCAGCGUUUGCUCGUGUGAUUGGUUCAUUGAAGUCACGGUAUGAAAGUGAAACCCAAUAACAGCUAUUACCAACGGAUGAAAUGGCUACCAACAAAAACGAGUAUCUCAGCUGACCGUAUAUGUCUACAUAGUUCCAGAACAUAUCCACGAGUCCAAAGCAGAAAGAUGUUGGGAAGUCAUCAUUUGCUGAUAUUCACGAUUUGUUUCUUGACUGGACAUGCACUGGAGUGCCAUCCAACAACUGAGUAUCCCAUAAACGGACAAUGUUGUCCAAAGUGCCUGGCUGGAAGCCACGUUCGGGAUGAUUGCACCAAAAUCAGUGGCACAACAUGCAGGCCCUGUGAGACAGGGACCUUCAACAACAUAUCAACUGGGGAAACCAAAUGUUUUCCAUGUACAAUGUGCGAAAAAGUUUCAGGUCUCCGGAUAAAGAAGGCGUGUACCAGGAGUUCAGACGCUGAGUGUCAACCACUUGAGGGUUUCUUCUGCGUGCACAGUGUUAAAGGCAGCUGUCAAAAUGCGCAGGAGCAAACAGUCUGUGAACCGGGACAAUACAUUCGCCAAAAAGGAACAGCCUUUGCAGACACUGUGUGCUCACACUGCAGCAAUCAAACCUUUUCCAACGGAACAUCCACAACAUGUCAGCCACACACAAAUUGUGAAUCCCAACAUCUCAGUGUGAUACAACCAGGGACUCCGACAACUGAUGCCAAAUGCGGAACACAUGAACGUUAUAUUGGAAAAAUUACGGCUGCAUCUGUUUUCAUUGUAUUUUCGGGCAUAUUAAUCAUCGUAUCUUAUACAAUUAAAAAAACAGGCCGUAACAGAUCUCAACAAGACCAAAGCUUUCCGCUGCGAGUCAAGUCAUCACCGGAGGAAGUGAAUAACUGCUUGCCACCGCAGAGAACCCCUUCUCCCUUGGACAGAGACAACAGACCACACAGCGUCGGUAUGGCAUAGUGGGUGGAGCGGCCGUGCCAGAAACCUGAGGGUUGCAGGUUCGCUCUUUGGGCAGGACACUUCACCCUUGCCCCCGGUACCACUCACACUGUUGAAUGAAUGAUGAAUGAAUGAUAGGUGGUGGUCGGCGCAAACUGGCAGCCUCGCUUCCGUCAGUCUACCCCAGGGCAGCUGUGGCUACAAAUGUAGCUUACCACCACCAGGUGUGAAUGAAUGAUGGGUUCCCACUUCUCUGUGAGCGCUUUGAGUAUCUAAUAAUAGAAACGCGCGAUAUAAAAUGUAAUCCAUUAUUAUUAUUAUUAUUACACUGAGCACAAACUUUCCCAGACAUUUCGGUACGGCGUGGCUCGGUUGGGAGAGCGGCAGUGCUAGAUCCUGGUUCGAUCCCCGGCUUCUGCCAUCCAAGUCACGUCCGUUGUGUCCUUGAGCAAGACACUUCACCCACAUUACUCCUGAUGGGCCGUGGUGAGGGCGUUGCAUGCUCAGCUGCCGAGCGAUGAGUGUUCCUGGUCGGACAUCAAGAUGGCCUUGCGUCUACCUUACCUAAAUGUAAACAGGCAUGUGAUUUUUCCAUCUAAAUCUGUCUUUUUUAUUUCUGUAAAAAUAUAAAAAAAUAUUUUCAGUU